AUGCUUUUACUUCUGCACCUGAUGUAUGCACUUAAUGUGUGUUUUGUGCUGCGCCGUGAAACUGCCGUAUUGAACGUCGGUUGUUUUCAGGACCGAACCGUCAACGGUCUGCUCAGCUACUCGCGGAACCCACAGACGAACGUCGUCCCAUUAAUCUCGUCGCAGAACAUGGUCCCUCCACAUCCUCCGCAAAGCAUGCAAGAUAUGACUCAUUUCGGUCCGAAGCAUCCUUCUGUCGCCGCGUUGAGACUCGAAGGUCAUGCGUCGUCUCCGGUAAUACAGCGAAGCGUUUCUCCGAUCGGCAGUUCGUCCGGACCGCCGCCGAACAGUCCUAGCAGUCAGACGAGGCAUUCGCCGAUAUCUCCUACGCCCGUCACGGUUGCACCUGAGAAAUUUACCCAUGGAAAAAAGACUGCGCGGAGAAAAUCUUCUGCGGCGAUGUUUAAGCUGGAAGCUGUUUAUAUCGCGAGAGAAAAAGGAAAUCGUGAGGAAGCCAGGAAAUUUAACGUUGGAGAGUUCGGAGACGGGGACGGAGAAAAGAAGUAG